AUGCAGGUGAACCAAAGGAAGCAGCAGAAGUCAUACAAGAUGAGACUAUUUCUGAACAAGUUCAACCAGAACAACAACAACAAUCUCAACAACAGCCAUUACAAGAACAACAACGUUAUGGAUUAUACAACCAACAACCAACCCAACAAAGAUAUCAACAAAACAAUUAUCAACAACAAGGUCAAUACUCCAAGCAACAGCAACAACAACAACAACAACAAACAAGUCAACCAACACAACAACAACAACAAUACGAUUACUAUGGUCAAUAUCAACAACAACAAUAUCCUCAACAAACAGCUCAACCAGGUGCUCAAUUUGGUGGUUAUCCAGGAUUCGACUAUAAUGCUUACAACCAACAAGCUUUUGCUGCUGCUGCUGCUGCCUCUCCAGCUGCUAGUCAUGUUGCUACAAUUGGUGGUGGUGUAG